CAAUCUUUGCCUUAAUCAACCCAAAUAUUUAACACAACAAUCUGCUAGACCUUAUUAGACUGCCCUACAACAAUCAAUCGCCAUUGAUGUUCCUUCGUCCUUAUUUUCCCCGGUCCCCCACACCGUUAAGCUGGUGCUCUACCCGUCCUGCAGCGAGAAUGCCUUUGAAAGCCAAAGUUGCGGUCCCAGUAUGGUCUGGAUUAUCGAAGAUAUCUACAGCCGCAGCAGAAAUCCCCAGAGAACUUCCCGGAGAUGAACCAGAUGAUGUGCUAUUCAGCAGUCUUUUCGGAGUGCGCACCAUCGAGCUCAAUCGACCCAAGAAACUGAACGCUUUGAAUGGCUCGAUGGUAAGGAAGAUUACACCCAGGCUAAAGGAAUGGGAAAAAUCCCAACUUGCAAACGUUAUCAUCGUCUCCGGUGCCGGAUCGAAAGCAUUUUGUGCCGGCGGUGAUAUUGCAGCUCUUGCUGAAAAAUGUGCUGAAGGCCCAGAGGGCCAGAAACAGGCCACUGAAUAUUUUUCUCUGGAAUACAAGCUGGAUCACCUCAUAGCUACAUACAGCAAACCAUUCAUUUCCGUUAUGGAUGGAUUCACUAUGGGUGGUGGCGUCGGGCUCAGUGUACAUGCGCCCUUCCGGAUUGCUACUGAGCGAACUGUUUUUGCCAUGCCUGAAACUACAAUUGGGUUCUUCCCAGAUGUUGGCGGAUCGUUCUUCUUGCCACGUCUAGACGGCGAAUUAGGAACGUACCUAGCUCUGACCUCCGAAAGACUAUCCGGAGUACAAACUCUUUACGCUGGCAUAGCAACCCACUAUCUUCAUUCAAGCAUUCUUGCCAACCUAACUGGACGAAUAUCUGAACUGGUUUUUAAGGACACUGCUAGCCUGGGCGAACGCCUGGACCUUGUCAACAGCACUAUUUCCGAAUUCUCCACCGGCCUGCCCUCACAGGAAGAAGAGCCGAUUUCUCCCUCGGGUACCAUACGCGAAUCAAUUGACCGGUGCUUCUCCGCAGAUACCAUGGAGGAAAUACUUAUCAGACUCCAAAGCGAGAAAGUCAACAAGGAAUGGGCUGAGAAAACAUUGAAAACACUUGCCUCCCGCUCACCAACCUCUCUAAAAGUAACCCUCCGCCAACUUCGCAUUGGUCGUACAUGGUCAAUCACGGAAACCUUUCAGCGUGAACAAAAAAUCGCAGCAAAAUUCAUGGCCCAUCCAGAUUUUGUUGAAGGUGUCACCGCUCGUCUGGUCAAUAAGCCACCGACUCAGGCGGCGUGGAAGCCUGGUAAACUAGAGGAGGUCACUGAUGAGGCUGUCAAUAAAUUCUUCCGCAUUGAGCCCGGAGAAUCAAGAAUGCCGCUCCUGAAGGUCGAUGCGGACUAUCAUGAAUACCCACAUAAGAGGUUCACCCUUCCAAGUGAGAAGGAGAUUCUCGAAUUUGCACGCAACCAUCAAGGAUCAGCUAACGCUAUGGACGAAUUUGUAAGCCAGCGAGGGCAUAAAGAUGGGGUGCGGGAGAAAUAUUUGGAAGUGGUGAAGAGAAAGCUUGGUGGAGCGUAAGGUGGAGAGUAGAUGGGUGGUUAUGUGGCAGGGUAAGUGACAUUAAUUGGACACUUGUAUGUUCUUUUUUUUUUUUUUUUUUGAUUGCGCCGUUCCUUAUACCAUUUUUCGUUGUAGUUUGAGUGUAUUUUAAGCUAUUUAUCUUCCACAGAUUUCAUCAGUUCGGUAGAAAUGAUCUACAAAAAUAAGACGAUUUAAAAAAUC